UUGGCGGUCCCAGAGAGGGGAGAAAGCGACGACGCUCGGCUCGAGCUGUUCGAAGGCGUUGUGGUGCUUGCGGCCUAGCCCUCACUCACCGGAAACACCGCUUCCCAACGGCCUUUUAAUCGUCUAUUCCCACCCUAAAGUGUCGUUUUACCUCGCGAUCGGAUCGAAUCACAACUCACUCGACCUUCCCGAUAAUCCGCGCCACUCGUCCACCGUCUGCGUCGAAAUCUUCUCGCCUCAGCCGAGCCUCGGUGUUUCCUAGCGAGGCGCCCGCCUCCCAGCCGCUCCCGGUCGGCAUGAGGCUCUCAGGAAACUUCGCUGAGAGCCUGCGGCGUGGUUCUCUUUCAGCCGCUCCCCCAUGGCGGACGCAGGGUUUGAACCGGCUACAGGCCAGCCGGGGCGUGGGAUGAAGACUCGGCCGGCCAUCCUGCGGAACCCAUCCAGGGCGGCGGUGACUGACACUAAGCAGCAGACUGGCUCAACAGAGACCAAUGGCGUGUCGAAGAGGCCCGUCGCUCAACUCCAGCCUCCAGCUCUGAAGAGGACCACUUGUGGAGAUAUCACCAAUGUGUGUGUGAACCAAGCUUCCAUGUGUUUAAAGGAGGAGAACCAGAACACCAUGAAAGCACCGCGGAAGCAACCGAUGCGAUCCAAGCAAGAGGCGGGCGCGGCCGAGAAUGCCAACGAGGACUUGCUCAACUGGUUCGUGGAGGACAACAGUCUGAGCUCGGUGACGGAGGUGGUGGUGGAGGCUCAGUCACCAGCGAGCAGCGGAUUGUCCCGGCAGCAGCAAUCUGGGCCUCGUGCGUUCCACUUGUUGGUGGUGUGCAGCCUCGAGGAGCCAGACCUACCGGCCAUCUACGCUGAGGACAUCUAUAACUACAUGACCCAGCGGGAGGUCAGUGCUCAGUGUGGGGACACGGGGAACUCUGCACAACGCCCCCUCACCCAGGCCCCCUCCCCCCACAGUGUGGCCACAGGUCAACCCCACGAGGGAUCCAGUUACGCGGCGAGGAAAGACGCCCAGAUGGCGGUGAACCGUGUAGAUUACACGCGUGUGAUGAUCCGUGACCUGGCUCGCUCAUGCGACCGGACCCUGGAGCAGCCGUGA